AUGUUGAAAAAGUUUUACACAAUUAUCAUGGUAGAUCCUGAUGCGCCACCUCAGUUGGAUGGUGAAUUUUAUCUACACAUGAUAAAAUCGAACAUUCCGGGACUAGCUUUGAAAGCGAAGGAAAGCAUAAAAACUGUUGGAAUUGACUAUAGAGGUUAUAAACCACCAACGCCACCUCGCGGGACCGGCCCGCAUCGCUACAUGUCAUUGUUAUACGAACAAGCAGAUGGAAAUAACUUUUUGCCAUCAGUGCCAUCUUCACGUAGUCGCUUUGUAUUAGCUAAUUGGUUGAGAGGCAAGAAUUUAUGCGGACCUGUAGCGUCGACGCAGUUCCGAGUGCAGUACUAG